AUGAGCUCUUCGGACGAUAGCGAGCAGUCGGCAAUUGCCAGUCUGAGCAAACUCCCGAAACAUCCUAAACACAAACGUCGGCAUCUCAGAACCUCCUCUGAUUCCUGGUCCACUUCGGGACUGGAUUCCCCGUCCACUCCGUCGUCCCCGGCGCCCCCACGACCGCUACGGCCGUCCAAAACAGAGACGCUUGCAAGCAGCAGCAAGAGAGAUGACGAAAUCAAGUCUCGUACCAGCAGAACCGGCACCGAGUAUGAUAAGAAGAGUUCUGUUGAUUUACAGUUCCCCUCUGGGAAACGAAGAACCAAGAUUGCCUACAAGAACAUUAUUCACAAACACGAAACGACUAUAUUUGAUUCACCAGAGUUUAGGAAGGAUAUUAUGUACGGAUUCUAUGUUCUUUUUUGGGUAAUUCUUGGUACAAGCACAAUUAGAGCUCUGAUUGUCAAUUACAUUUCAACUGGCCGGCUAUUGGAAGACAACGUUGUGCGUAUUCUUCGGCGGGAUAUCUUCAAAGUGGCCCUCACGGAUCUGUUCAUGUAUCUGUGCAUGUACGUCACCUACUUUCUUCAGAGACUUGUCAAGGCCAACAUAGUGGAUUGGCAGGGCAUUGGCUGGAAGUUGCAGUACGUAUGGCACUUUACGUUUCUGCUUACCUUUAUUGCAGUCGCGAGGCUCGGUGACUAUCCAUGGAUUGCCCGUAUUUUUUUGUUACUACACUCCUUGACAAUGCUCAUGAAGCAACACUCCUACGCAAUGUAUAAUGGUCACAUGCACGCUAUUGAAAACGAAUUGGUGGUGUGCCAGAGUCUCCAGAAGCGUCAUAUUCAUUCUGGAGACGUUAUGGAUGAAAUUCUUGACCGUAUGAAGUUCUGUCAGGAGGAGAUCGAUAUUCAGUCCAAGUCUAUCCGGUACCCUGCCAACUUGGGCUUGAAGAAUUUCUUCAUGUUCACAAUGUAUCCGACGUUGGUUUAUCAGCUCGAGCUCCCCAGAACGUCCCAUAUUAGAUGGUGGUUUGUUGCCAAAAAGGCCACAGCGACUCUAGCCCUGUUUGUUAUUUUGAUCAUUUGGUCAGAACAGCAUAUCCACCCUAUUGCAGUCACGGUUAUAAACCUGCGCGACAAGCCACUGAGUACGCGAUGGAGAGAGUAUCCUUUGAUUUUAUCCGAUCUGAUUCCUCCGUUUUUCGUUGUGUAUCUCAUCACGUUCUACCUGAUCUGGGAUGCCAUCUUAAACACCCUAGCAGAGCUCACGUGUUUCGGCGAUCGCCUGUUUUACCGUGACUGGUGGAACACAGUGCAGUGGGACCAGUUUGCCAGAGACUGGAAUGUGCCAGUCUACCAGUUCCUGUAUCGCCAUGUCUACCACUCGUCCAUUGCAACCAUGCAUGUCUCGAAAUUCCAAGGCAUGGUUACGACCUUUAUGCUAUCUUCAGUGUUCCAUGAGCUUGCUAUGUACGUUAUUUUUGGACGUCUUCGUGGCUACCUUUUCGGCUUCCAGUUGCUGCAGUUGCCACUGGGGUUACUGUCGAGACAAAAGAUCUUCCAGAAAUAUCCCUCGCUCGGAAUCGCCCUCUUUUGGUUUGGUAUUUUUGUCGGGCCAUCAAUUCUAACUUCGUUGUAUCUGACAUUCUAG